AUGACCAAACUGUCACCCCUCAAAGCUGACCGACUCGAGAUCACUCUCAACAAGUCUCCCAAGCAGUUUGACUCUCCCAAGGACCUCGCUCCCAACUCUUCCACAGACUACAUCCUCCAGGUCGACUACACCGAUGAGGCUGGAUGGGAUGCCCCCAAGAUUGGGCCCUUUGGUCCUCUUCAGAUUGAUCCCACCGCCUCUGUUCUUCACUACGCUGUCGAGUGCUUCGAGGGUCUCAAGCUGUACAAGAACAAGGCUGGCAACAAGCUGAUUCUGUUCCGACCCGAGCUCAACAUGGCUCGUCUCAACGACUCUUGUGAGCGAAUCGGUCUCCCCCGAUUUGACGAGGCCGAGCUCCUCAAGUGCCUUAUUGAGUACGUCAAGCUCGAGGGCCGAUUCGUCGCCCCCGGUGGCUUCAUCUACCUGCGACCCACUGCUAUCGGCACCAACGGCGGUCUGGGACUCAAGGCCCCCACUGCCGCCAAGGUUUUUGUCUGUGCCACCAUGAUGCAGGCUUGGAAUGCCGAGCCCCUCAAGCUCUACUGCUCCGAUCCCAAGGAUGCUGUGCGAGCAUGGCCCGGAGGAUUUGGCUACGCCAAGCUGGGAGCCAACUAUGGACCCACUCUCCAGGAGAACUCCAAGGCCGUUGGAGCCGGCUACCACCAGGUUCUGUGGCUCUACGACGAGGACAAGAAGACCGUCACUGAGGCCGGUGGCUCCAACUUCUUCGUCGCCAUCAAGAAGAAGGACUCCGAUGAGAUCGAGCUCAUGACCUGCCCCAUCUCAACCAAGCUCAUCCUGCCCGGUAUCUCUCGACGAUCCGCUCUCGAGUACCUCGGUGAGAAGCACAAGGGCUCCAACGUGACCGUCCACGAGCGAGAGUUCGGAAUCGACGAGAUUGCCGAGGCCGCCAAGGAGAAUCGACUCGUUGAGGCCUUUGCCAUCGGUACCGCCUUCUUCGUCGCACCCGUCCAGCUCAUCCGAACCCCUGAGGGCGAGCUCAUCAACGUGCCCCUGUCCCAGGGCGACUCCGGUGACUUUGCUGCCGACGUCAAGGCCAAGCUCACCUCCAUUAUGUACGGAGAGGAGGAGAACGACUGGGCCACCACCGUGGACUGCUAA